GCUGUGUAGCUGUGGGUGGGGCGGCGGCCGCGGGCCUGGCAUUCACUCUUGAGUCUGGAGAGAGGAAGAGAGCCUGCUCCUGGGAACCCAGUCGAGGGCCCAGGGCCGGGGGCGCUGGAGGAAGUCGCCCCGAGCGGCUCGCCUCUGGCCCAAGGAGAGGCGGCCCUGGGAGCCGGCGUCCCGCCCCCGGCGGCCUCCUUCCCCGAUCCUUCUCCCGGGUUGCGUGCGCCGGCCCUGGCUCUGUCUCGGGGGCUGCGGCGGGAACCGCCGAGCGGGCUGGACGCGACCCUCCCCCUGAGCAUCAGCUGGAGGAAAAGAAGAGGGAACGCGGCGGGUCAGUACCUCAGCCCCGAGGUCCGGCCGCGGGUUCCCUGUCCGUGGUCCUCCGUCCUUCGCCCAGCCCUCCUGGUUAGAGAAUGUACGACCUCCCCACGCUUCUUCUGCUUCUCCUUUGAGAUGUCACCAAGCCCUCUAACCGGAUGAUUUUUCCUCCUUCCUUUUGCCAGGAAGGCGAAACCUAUAUCUAAACGAUACCUGUCCUUCUCGCUACCCCUGCCCUCUUAAAAGUUUAACUUCAGUGCGAAUGCAUUUCUUUCUUGGACCAUUUGACGUUUCCCACUCCAGCCGCCGUCUGAUUUAGCAACUGGGAUCACAUUCAGAUCAAAUCUUAAAAAAAAAAAAUCACCUAUAAAGCUACAGAGUUGUUCUCUCCCGCCCAAGAAGGGCAAAUGGACUUUGGAGUUAAGAUGCAGGGGGGUGAACCAGUGUCAACAAUGAAAGUCUCCGAAAGCGAAGGAAAGCUGGAGGGCCUGGCCACAGCUGUGACCCCGAACAACAAGAACAGCAGCAACAGCAGCUGUAGGGCCGGAAUCAGCAGCAGCAGCAGCAGCAGUGGCCGCGGUGGCGGCGCAAAAGGCUGGCAGUACAGUGACCACAUGGAAAAUGUCUAUGGUUAUUUAAUGAAGUACACCAACCUUGUCACUGGGUGGCAGUACAGGUUUUUUGUUUUAAACAAUGAAGCUGGGCUAUUGGAGUACUUUGUGAAUGAACAGUCUAGAAAUCAAAAACCUAGAGGUACUUUGCAGCUUGCAGGAGCCGUGAUAUCACCCAGUGAUGAGGACUCUCACACUUUCACUGUAAAUGCUGCCAGUGGGGAACAGUAUAAACUCAGAGCCACAGAUGCUAAAGAGCGACAACAUUGGGUUAGCAGACUUCAGAUAUGUACACAACAUCACACUGAAGCUAUUGGAAAGAAUAAUCCUCCCCUGAAGUCACGAAGCUUCUCACUUGCAUCUAGUGGUAAUUCUCCUAUAUCCCAGAGGAGACCAAGUCAGAAUGCUAUUUCUUUUUUUAAUGUUGGACAUUCCAAACUGCAAUCAGUGAGCAAAAGAGCUCACUUACCUCCAGACCAUCUUGUGGAAGUCAGAGAAAUGAUGUCUCAUGCUGAAGGACAACAAAGAGACUUAAUUAGACGAAUCGAAUGCCUUCCUACUUCUGGCCAUCUUAGUUCCUUGGACCAGGAUCUCUUAAUGCUCAAAGCUACUUCCAUGGCAACUAUGAACUGCUUAAAUGACUGCUUUCAUAUUCUCCAGUUGCAGCAUGCGUCACAUCAGAAGGGCUCAUUGCCUUCAGGAACGACAAUCGAGUGGUUAGAACCAAAGAUACCUUUAUCAAAUCACUAUAAAAAUGAAGCUGACCAGCCCUUCACAACUGAGCAGAGUAAGCCAGUGGCAGUCCCAGAAGAGCAGUCUGUUGCAGAAUCUGGACUAUUAGCAAGGGAACCUGAAGAAAUAAAUGCGGAUGAUGAGAUAGAAGACACAUGUGACAACAAGGAGGAUGACUUGGGAGCUGUAGAAGAGCAACGCAGUGUUAUCCUACAUCUUUUGUCACAGCUCAAGCUGGGCAUGGAUUUAACGAGAGUGGUGCUUCCUACAUUUAUCCUAGAGAAACGUUCCUUGCUGGAAAUGUACGCAGAUUUUAUGUCUCAUCCAGACCUAUUUAUAGCCAUCACUAAUGGAGCCACAGCUGAGGACAGAAUGAUUCGCUUUGUUGAGUACUACCUUACCUCAUUUCAUGAAGGCCGCAAGGGAGCCAUUGCUAAGAAACCAUACAAUCCUAUCAUUGGAGAAACGUUUCACUGUUCCUGGAGGAUGCCAAAAAGCGAGGUAGCAUCCAGUGUUAUUAGCAGCUCUUCCACCCAGGCAGUCACAAAUCAUGCUCCUCUAUCAGAGGAGUCUUUGAACCAGGUGGGAUCAGACUGUUACACAGUCAGAUUUGUUGCUGAGCAGGUUUCCCAUCAUCCUCCAGUCUCAGGAUUUUAUGCAGAAUGUGCAGAGAGGAAGAUGUGUGUAAAUGCGCAUGUCUGGACUAAGAGCAAGUUCUUAGGCAUGUCGAUAGGCGUGACAAUGGUUGGAGAAGGUAUCCUGAGUCUACUGGAGCAUGGAGAAGAGUAUACAUUUUCUCUACCUUGUGCAUAUGCCCGGUCAAUUUUGACUGUUCCUUGGGUAGAACUGGGUGGCAAAGUCAGCGUUAACUGUGCAAAAACUGGAUAUUCAGCUAGCAUCACUUUUCAUACUAAGCCAUUUUAUGGUGGCAAACUGCACCGGGUUACAGCUGAAGUAAAGCACAACUUCACCAACACUGUGGUAUGCAGAGUGCAAGGGGAAUGGAAUAGUGUUCUUGAGUUCACUUACAGCAAUGGAGAGACGAAGUAUGUGGAUUUGACUAAAUUGGCAGUGACAAAGAAGAGAGUAAGACCUCUGGAGAAGCAGGAUCCAUUUGAAUCCAGGAGAUUGUGGAAAAAUGUGACGGACUCUCUAAGGGAAUCUGAGAUUGAUAAGGCCACAGAGCAUAAACGUACCCUGGAAGAACGCCAGAGGACUGAAGAAAGACAUCGUACUGAAACAGGCACACCCUGGAAAACCAAAUAUUUUAUUAAAGAGGGAGAUGGCUGGAUUUAUCACAAACCCCUUUGGAAAAUAAUUCCAACAGCACAACCAGCAGAGUGACAUGUGCUAUUUAGGACUCAACCAAAUGAAAUUCUUCUCUGUUUUACCGUAAAUCCUCCCACAAUGGAGUUACUGCACUGAGUGACCUGCUUCCUGAUUGCGCAGACUGAAACUAGCUAAACAUGAAUGUACCUACUAGGGCACUAUGAUACUACAACAAGACCAAAGUGUUAAAGAAACACGAUGGACCUCUCACCAACCUGUUCAUGUGAUGUGAGCAAUACCAUCUUAAAAUCUUUUAUCUGAAUUAUUAGAUGAUUAAUCUUUUAUCUAGUUCUUGCUCCUAAAGCUAAGUUUGAAUCCCCUAUUUUUGCACAGGGGCAGCAGUUAUACACAACAGUGAGAACUCAGUGACUUUGAUUUCUUUAUAGUGAAAAGUGAUGUCUCUGUUUCAGAGUUUGUGUUUUGCUUUCUGUUCGUAACUGAAGUAUUCACUACUCUUACAAACCAACCAAGAAGAAGAGGAAGAUGACCCAGAAGUGGAUUCAGCCAUUGUGCCUGAAAUCAGUGUUAAAAAAAAAAAAUCAACCAGGUUGUGGUGACAAGGCAUUCUAUUUCUCCAAAAAGACUUUGUGCCUGUGUCUGAGGAACUUAUCCAUUAUCCACCUCUGUUGGAACUCUCUUUUAAAAAGUAUAUUUAUAAAUUGAUUAGAAUUAUAACCAUGGAGAAUUUUUUCUUCUGAGCAUUUUAAUAUACUUGAAAACAACAUUGACUUGAAAAAUUUCAGAACAUUUUUCAAUACCUAGUUUUAUUAAAUAUUACGCUUGAGAGACAAUUUUUAAAAAUUAUUCAUGUCAAUAUGAUGAGAUUUUGGCCUUUCUCAAGAACUAAGGCAUUACAGAAAAUAGCAAAUAUUAAAAAAUAAAACUGUUACUUUUUUCCUUAUCUUUUUUCACCUCUAGGUUCAAUCCAGUAUUAUGUGUUAUCCCUCUGGAUAAGUAUGCUUUAUCUUACCUCUGUUCAUUCAAAAAUUAAAACUAAUGACUAUUCAUAUUUGUCAGUAAUUCAGAAGGUAUAUAUGUAACUGAGUGCAUGUAAGAUAUGGUUUUCUUUUCUUUUCAAGGAAACUUAAAUGCUAAAGAAAGUAUGAAAUAAAAAGAUAUCAGGAAGUUGUAUUCAGGUAUAAAUCUUUUUAAAUAAAUAUUUUAUUGAGGUUGAAGAAUUGCUGGCAAUUAAAAGAAUAGUGCUAAUUAUGGCUUUCAUCAUUCAUUCAAGUAUUUAUUGAGCACCUACUUAUGGUGCUCAACACUUGUUACUGCAAGCUACCUUAAUUUUCCAAAAGUGGUGCCUUACUCUGUUUCUCCCGACAUGGUCUUCCAAUCAGUGUGUGUAACAUAUACCUGUUAUUCAUCAGCCAUUGUAGAUGGCUGUGUCUGUUGCAUCAUCAUAAGAAGUUUCAAGCUUUGUGCUCUGAUAAAUUGUGUUUUGUUAGAGAGGUUAAUAGGAUGAAAACAGCAAAAAAAUUUUUUUCAACAAAUUGUAAAUUAUAAGAAAAAGGGUUGGUUUGUGUACAACCAUUUUAAUGAUUCCCUUGUUCAUUUUUGCUGUGAAAUGCACUGAAAAUCUCAAAAUGAGUUAUAGUUCAUGUGUUGGGAAAAUUAAAAAAUAAUAAAACUAGAGAACAA